UUCAUUAAACAAUAAAGUAGUAUAAGCAUCCAAAAAAGAGUGUUAAUGAUGAGCAAAGGGGAGGAGCAAACAGAUGCAACAUAGAAAAUUGACACCAGAAAAUCAAUCAUCUUUACAUAUUUGGAUCGAAAUUCAGAGCGGCGCAGACUCUGUAGCUCCCCAAAUACAGAAAGGAUAUAUAAAUCAUGUGUUGGGUUGGGUGGUGAGAGUAGUAGAGAUGGGAGGUUCAAUGGUGGAGAGGUAUCAAAAGCUAGGGUUAAAGGAGUCGUUGAAUCAACUCUAUCGUUACCCAAUUGCUUGCGAUGAGCUAAGCCUUAUUCUAAGAAAUGCAUAUUCCAAAGUUCCCAAAAAUUUGCAAUCGCUCAUCUUCCAAGACUCUCUCGUCGCCUUUAGCCUCCUCCCUGAAAUGCAGACGCAAGCGGCUAUAUCAGCAGCACAUGGCCUGCUUCAAAGCAUGGAAGCUGCAUUACCAAAACAAAAGAAAGCUUUAGCUGCAUCUGAAUUCAAACAGGCUAUGGUUACUCAUAGGAGGCGUAGCAAGGUCCAACCAGUGUUAGAAGGUAGGAGCCAACUUCCUCAAGAUGUUCUUGUACAUGUAUUUGGGUUCUUAGAUUUAAAGUCUCUUGUUACUGCUUCUUUGGUCUGCAGGUCGUGGAGUGUGGCAGCUCGUGACAACCAUCUGUGGCAGUCGAUACAUAUUAGCUUUUUCGGGAAGUCAAGUGACAACCCAAACAUUAUCAGGCUUAGCUAUGGUGUGGAGAGAAUUUCUCUUACUCUGGAAAAUACCACUGCAGCUAACGUUGACUGGAAAGAUGCUUUCAAGCGAGCUUAUAGAGGAAUUUCAAGAAAGGUAACAUCCCAGAGGGGCUUUUGCAAGCAGUGCAAUUCAAUUGUUUGGCUGAGUAAUUCCAAGUGUUCCAAUGAAUGCUAUGGGAAAAUUUCUGAUGAUCAUCAAAUCAUGCCUGUGUCACUUGAACAGAUUGUUAGAUAUGUAAUAGAGGAGUCCAUACCUUGCUCGGAUAGUGAUAGCGAUUCAGAUGACUCGGUUGAUGGCUCACUCUUCAAGCUGUGGGCCUAUCCCAGGCGAGUUAGCGAGCUGCAUGCAUGAUGUGGAAGCAUAUAGAAGAUCCUUGUUAAUAUAUCAAAACAUACUGCAACCAGUUCGUUUGCUGGGGAUUGAAAAAACAAAUGGCACAUUUUGAGAAUAUGCUGUUAUAUCAAUCAAAUGUAACAAUUAAUCAGCCUUCUAUAUUGUUUCGUCAUUUCUGGUG